CAUGCUCGUUUGCUUGUUCCAGCGACGGAGGUGCGGGUGCAGAGGGUCUCACGAACGCGACGACGAUGCAGAACAACGGGGACAGCAACGUGGACCUGACGUCAGUGACGUCAAGCGCAGUCUUGUCACAACCGGGUCUGAACAACCCCACCUGGAAUCGUCAACAAGCUGUUAGCGUCAGGCAUGCCUUCAAGAGCUAUGGCAGCACGAAGAAUCCGAAUCAUAUCUUACAGAAUCUCAAUAUGACCGUGGCCAAAGGCUCGAUAUACGGGCUACUAGGUGCCAGCGGAUGCGGUAAAACCACCUUACUAUCCUGCAUUGUCGGUCGACGAAAAUUGAAUUCGGGCGAGAUCUGGGUACUAGGUGGUAAACCUGGAACAAAGGGCUCCGGCGUACCCGGGAAAAGGGUUGGCUACAUGCCGCAGGAAAUUGCUCUCUACGGCGAGUUCACCAUCCGCGAGACGAUGAUGUACUUCGGCUGGAUAUUCGGAAUGUGCACGGCCGAAAUUGUCGAGAGGCUGCGCUUUUUGUUGCAAUUUCUCGACCUGCCGUCGCAGAAUCGGCUGGUGAAGAAUCUCAGCGGUGGUCAACAGAGGCGGGUGUCCUUCGCAGUGGCACUUAUGCAUGAUCCAGAAUUGCUGAUUCUAGAUGAACCUACUGUAGGUGUAGAUCCACUAUUAAGACAAAG